AUGUUUGCUGGCUUUGAACGGAUCACAUAUUUGUCAAGCUCCUUUUCUCCUUUUCGAUUUUGGCAGGCCCGGCAAAGAAAAGGCAAAGUCCCAAAUAAUCCACCUGAGAUAGAUGUCGACCUGCCCGAGUCAGCUUCGGUAGCUAGGAUUGCGGCAGGGCAGCCCACCCCAAGAUCUACAUUGGGAUCGCCAUUGACCUCACAUGCAACCUACAAGAGGUCUGGCGUUGGCGACCUUGGGGCCGGGCCGCGACGACAUAUCUCCCUCUCACAGGUGGAACUUCUACCAUGGCUGUGCUGCAUGGCGCCCGCCAUUUUCCUCUUUGCCACCUAUGCAUUUGUGUUUUUCUCUGUGAUCUUCUCCACAUUCCUGGCUGAACUCGUCACAGCUUUGCUGACUCUAAUCACUUGGCUGUGGAUCAGCAACCUAUCGCUGGCCAGCUUUGCCGGUGUCUUCAAAAUGCGUCAGGCUGCUGCCAUCGAUUGGCAUGCAAAGUUGCACGAGAUGCCAUUGGAUGCACGAGCAGGCUUGAAGCACAUAGUGUUGCUGCCGAAUUACAUGGAAGCCGAAAAGAUGCUAAAGGAGACUCUCGACAACCUGGCACGGAGUCGCUUGGCGAAGUCCUGCGUACACAUCGUCCUCGCUAUGGAGGCGAGGGAAGGUCCUGCUGGACGAGAGAAGGCAGAACGAAUAAUGGCCGAGAAGAAACACCUCUUUGCCGACAUUUUCGCGACCUACCAUCCACAGAACCUUCCUGGGGAAGUGGCUGGAAAGUCUUCGAACACACAAUGGGCCUUCAGAGAGGCUUUGCGCAGAUAUGGAGCAUCCUUGUCCAAGCGGGAUUUGUCUCGCGUAUUCCUCACAGUGGCCGACGCAGACACACUGUUGCAUCCACAGUACUUGAGUGCUCUCACUUAUCAAGGCCUUCUGAUGGACAAGGAGGAACGCUCCUGGACAAUUUGGCAGCCACCAGUUUUGCUUGUUCGAAACAUAUUUUCUGUUCCUGCAUUGACGCGGACAUCUUCACACGCAGCGCUCAUUUUCGAGCUCGCGACACUGGCCAGUCAGCACAUUUUCCCAGCCUUUGCCUACUCAUCGUAUUCUAUGACCUUGGCAUUGGCUUCCCAUCCCGAAGUGGAUGGUUGGGAUGUCGAUGUCAUAGCAGAGGAUCAUCACAUGUACUGCAAGUGCUACUUCGCAGCUCUUUGGGAGCUUUCGCAUGCAAAGAAGGAGCACGAGAAGCAAGUGGGGGAUGGAAACGAAAUCCAGCUGGUUCCGCAGGUUAAGGUGCAAGCCGUUUUUUGCCCUGCUGUCUCCUACUUGGUUGAGUCAACAGAAGGUUAUACGGCUUCACUCUUUGCGAGAUUUCAGCAGGCCAGACGGCAUACGCAAGGGAUCGUCGAGCUGGGAUACGUGUUCUUGCAAUGGUUCCGACUGUCGUCUUCAAUUGGAUUCAUGAAAGUUCCAUGGAGGACGCAUUUCUCCAUCUCCAUGAUUGCUGCCAAGAUGCAUACGAUCCACGUGAUUGCGGUCGCACAGUGCUUUGCCCUGAUACUGCUGUCGCUGACGCAGUGUAAGCGUGCGCCACCAGCGCACGCGGACACCUGGUGCUUGGCUUGCUCGGCGUGGGAAGCGCUGGGCACUGAGCUGGGCUUCGCCUGGCAUCACCCGGGCCUGAGGGUGGUCGCCUCCGACGUCCUCGUGAGCGCUGCACGCACAGUGCGGGCGCUCCGAGUGACUCGGGGAGCGACCCCCUCGGCUGGGCACGCCCGAGCGCUCCCUGGCGAGGCCUCGGCGGCCGCGGCUGAGCGCCCUCCUCUGGCGCGCAGCCUCAAGAAGGAGGAGCCGGAGAGUGAGGCUGCUGCUCGAGGCAGCGGGGUUCAAGAACCUCAAGAGGAGGAGAGCUGCGAGGUUGAGUCCGAGGAGGAGGAGUCCGAGGCUUCGGAGGCCACUAUCGUCCCUCCAGGGACGGGCGAGAAGGGCUUAGCGUCCAAGGCUAGUGCCCGAGAGUUCGAAGCGGCCCAGGCAGGAUCGAACAUCAUCGACGUCGACAUCAUCGAGGAGACGAAGGAGGAGAGAAGAAAAGGCCAUUCCUGGCCUACCCCCUACACCAAAGAAGAGAUGACGGCCCCGGCUUUUGCAGAGGCUGUAAGUGGAGAGUUGGGAGAGUACGACGUGAGCAAUGUGGCCGUGGCAAAGCUGAAUGCACCAAAGGCGCGAUCAGCCUACGCUUUGUUCAUGAAGGCUCGCUAUUCUGCAGUGUUGGGUGAGAAAGACAGAGACAGACGUCAGACUGUGGCCGCAAUUGGGAAAGAGUGGCGGGAGCUUGAUGAUGAGGCGAAGCAAUUUUAUUAUGGCAUGUCGCAGGACGAGUUCCAGAGACGUCGCGAGCACAUAGAUCGAUCGCUUGACAGGGAUUGCUCUGUGGCUGUGGCCAGCGAUGAGGCCCAGAACUGGAGACUGGGCUCCUACGAGCUCACAUCUCAGCAGCUUGCCGCUGGAAGCGGCAGCUUUGCUUGCGUGUAUCCCGCGCGUCAUUGUCGAUUCGGUUGCCUGGCCCUGGCGAAGGUCUUCACCCAGCAGGAGCACUUCCUGGACGAGAUGCGGGUUCAUAACGAGCUAUCGAAAGUGACGGCGACGCCCGGCUUAGUGAAUAGCCAAACCACGAAAGACGUGAUUGGAUUCCAGAAAAUCUUGGAGCAAGGGCCCCAUUGGUUGCUGUUCCAAUACAGCCCUCACACUUUGAAGAGCUUCGUCGAGCAGUCUGGGCCGCUAGUAGAUCGCAAAGACUUUGCCGCAGUAGCAGCGCAAGUUGUUGCUGGGUGGCAGACGCUGGUGAAGGCAGGUUUCUUUCAUGGAGACUUGAAGCCUGCCAACAUCUCGUGGGACCACGUCCACGCGACAGCUGCUUUGACAAGUUUUGUUCUUGCCGUGCCCACAUCCAACCCUGGUGUGCCCUGUGCCCGCUACACAGGGCCCUACAGAGCCCCGGAGCAUUGGCGAACUUCAAAGUCCUUAAAGGAUGUUGGACAUUUUGAGGUCACAGACCAGACAGAAGCAUGGGCAUUUGCAGCAACGAUGAUGGAAGCCUCCACUGGAAUGAUCGUUUUUGCGAGUCACAAGGACAUUGCUGCUUUUGAGAAAGGCUCACUCAAGUCAGGGUGGCAAACGUUGGCACCAGCACCUCACAGGGCCAUCCAAGCAGACCGUUUGCGCCUCUACCUGGCUGCCAUACGGCUGGAUUCUCUGAACCCGCAGUUUGAUCUGGACCACAUCUUUCCACCGCCAUUGCCACGACAGGCCCAGGAGUUGCUGGGGCCUCGCUUGCGUGAGGACAGUGCGCAGGGCAAACCUUGCGACACACCUACUGCAGCUCAAAUACGCUUGAGCUUGGAAGUGACUAGGCACGCAGACGAACUACACCUGUUGAAGUGUGAUGAGAUCAUUGCUGCUGGCUGGGCUGAGGAUGUGUGCGGCGAUUACAAUUUGGUAAAGUUCAAAUUUGUCAAGCGGGACUACAGCGUCGUGCGGGUAUUCACUGCUGAUGGUGAGGCUGCUGAACAACUUUGUCCACGCUAUGCCCUGGCAGAGGGCGUCCUCCCUUCAUUGUCAGCAGUCAUUCGUUGCUAUGCGCACGCUGCCCAGAAGACCGUGGAAUCGGUGAUGCGCACAGAUAGCCGUGUAGCUGCUUUGUUGGAUGACUUGGUCUGCAGAUUUGCUUCCAACAAAGACAAAGGAAGCCUCGCCCGUGGUCUUAAGAAUUCCCACAGAUUGGCGGGGAUGUUCAAGGAGGAAGUUGCGAAGGACGUUGGCAGCAUAGUUGAACUAUCCCAGCAUACCUUGACAACGCCCACUUACGCAGCUCAGAGAUGGGACUCUAUGCUGGACGUUCUCCGUAUGACCGUGCUGAGGCUUUCAGAGCUUUUACGAUUUCUGUGCCGUGCCUCAGUUGAGACUGACAAGGAGACCGGCGCAUGGGCGCAGAAAUUGUUGAAGGUCUUCUCGCUCGAGAACAUUCUGCUCUUAGCCCUCACCACAGAGUUCCUUUCCAUUACGCAGUGCUAUACGCACUCCUGGGACAACAAGGGCUUCAAUGUCGACCUAAAGAAGCAAAUUGCAACUUUGCUGGGGCGGAUGUUCAACUUGCAGGACCUGCGCGGCUUCCAUGAUCCGGAGGAGUAUUGGUCAAAAACUAUGCAGCGCUGGGGCUCCAAGCGUCUGCCCGCCUUGGCCAAAGCUGCCAGGGUUGCAUUCAUCAAUUGCAUAUGGGAAUCCUCUUGCGAGAUUGAGCAGAACUUAUCCUAUUACAGGCUGCUUACCCAGAAGCAGAAGAGCACCACCAAAGAUUCCAACGUCAAGAACCUGAUGAAAGUCCUUCUUGAUGGGCCACAGCCGGACGCUAUUGCUCCUCAUCGUUCUGGCCAAUAUGAGAGCAGCAAGACAGCGCGCCAGGCUCAAUUUGUUUACCGGAAGCUUUUCGGGUCAAAGCCUUUGCGGCGCCAAACAAGCCUGCCGAGACGUGAGACUGGCAAGCGGGGGUGUCGCAAUAAGGGCUUGCAAGCUUUCCUGCGUCGACGAGAGCAUGAAAUUCAAAAAGCAGGGCUGCAGGCUUCAUCGCAGGAGCGCGACAAGGCCGCAGAGUUUGAAAAGUUUGCUCUAGCAGAGGCAGAAUGCGGUAGGAAGCGAAAGGAGUUUGCAUCCUAUUCCAAGACCGUGCAAGAAAAAGCCCAAAAGAAACAAAAGCUCCUAGAGGCGUUGAGCGCUGGAGACACGGAGGCUUGUGCCAAGCUCAAAGCCGACAAGGACAAGGCUGCAGCCGCGCCACAGCUGCAGCGAAUGGAUUUGCAGAUCAAGUUGGAGCAGCAAUGUUUCUUGCAGCCUGAGCUAUGCCUCGUUGUCUCUGUGCGAGGGGAGGGCAGCGAGUCGAUGAUGACGAGUACACAGCGCGACCUGAUGGAGAAAAAACUGGGUUUGACAGUGGUGACCUUUGCAAAAGACGGAUCUAUGGCCCCAGAUUUGCUACGAGCUCGGCACCUCAUUUGGUUCGCCCCGACUUGCGCAGAAGAGACAAGUUUCAUAGAUCCUCACAACCCGAGCUCUGACCUAUCUGGUGUUUUGAUUGCUUCGCGCUUGUUUGGCGGUCACGUUGCUGGUCCUGAGUGGCUUUCUUUUUGCAAGCCGGACAAGAUCCUUGAGCCAGUGCUCCGCAUCAAAAAUGCCUUGCGUUUGCCUUUGGAGCUCUGCCUACAUGAGUCCAUACCCCAAAAGCCGCUGCUUCUCAGCUUGAUAGUCGCCGCUGCCAAAGACCCCGAGAUGUCCGGUGAGACACGUUGGGUGGUGCAGGGCUGCCGCAAAAAGCUGUCAGGGGCUCCGGAUCUGCGUAAGAAAACUUCUUGGGCAGUGUAUGCUUCAGAGAAAUCCCAACGAGUCAAGAAGAAGGACAAGAAGACCAUCGACAAAGCUCGCAAAGGUGCACGCAAGCUCGUGGACUUGCCGGCCAAGUCUGUCCAAAGCUUUCUGACUUCCAGUCAUUCACUGCAAAAUUCGCAUGUGGAAGCGCUGCUCCAGGAGUGGUUGGGCCUGCAGAAAUCGGAGCGCAGUUUGCGCCUACGAAUGGGCGCGGUGAUCCCCAAGCGCAAAAAGGGUGAAGAAACAAAGGUUGAGGCCAGUGAUGGCGGAUGUCCAAAUUUGUGCAAGGUCUUGACCAAGUUUGCUUGGGGCACCGGUGCAUCCAGGAAGCUUCCCCUUUUGUCCUUUGCAAAGGAUUUGGGUGUAGGUGCCACCUCCACGCAUAUGGCUUUGAUUUGGGCUGGUGGGUCCACAGAUGACUGGAAAGGAGAUGUGCCAGGACAGGCCACUAUGAUCGACCCCCGCCUUCCAAUCGGAUUUCCUGCAAAGAACUGCUGCCAAUUUUGGUUUUUGGCAACCAGCAAAUGCGAUAAGCCCAUGCCUUGCGGGGUGGAUACAUUUCUCAAGAGCCUGGGGUUUCCGGGGCAAAAGCCAGGGAACUUGACGCGUGGCGGGGCUUGGGAUUUGGUGGAUGGGGCCUACCGGGUGAAACUGGCUAAGCGAUUGUGGAACAGGGAUGCCAAAGCUGGCAAACAAAAGGCGGCGCCCAAGAAAGUCACCUGCCCUCAGUGCAAACAUGAGGUUUCCUAUCACACAGGGCUGAUGAGCGAUGUUGCCAUGACAGUUUCACCAGGCAACGGCAUGACCUACCCCAGUGUGCCCCAGCUUUUGGAUAGCGCCGCGUAUUGGUGGAGCAAAGAUCGCGUCAUGGCGACUGAUGUGCUGAUGAUCACAACCUAUGCCUCUGAAACCACAGAACGUGGCCAGUUGCAGAUUGCAGAAGACUGCACCAAGUUCAUGCUGCGAUCUUUGCUCCUCAGUGAGCACAAGCGGGCAACUCACGAAGAUAUCCUCAAGAGUGGCAUGUUGAGAUCCAGCGAAGAAUUUCGCUUCGUCAUGGAAUUCAUUUGUGAAACAAUGCGGCCAACUGGUAGCCGCUUCCGGGUGAUCACAGACUUGAACAUGCGGCAAUUGACACGAGAUCAAGCUGUGGAGGUGACGCAAAUGCUUCAGCUGAAGUACAGGCUGCUUCAGCGUCUGGUAUCUUUAGAGCUUCCGGACGAGAUCAAAUCCUACAUUUCUGGCGCCAUGAACCCGCGUGAGUUCUCUGAUUCAGACCACAAUGUAGUUGGCUUAGCUGAAGAACACCACAUGCUUACCGCUCAACUGGCACGCGAGUUCCUUGUCGGAACUCAUGACCGGCAGCUGAUGGCUGCCAUCACUACUGGCCAAAAGGAAGAUCACCCUGAGGUUGCGAAAUUGCUCCAGACAGUCAUUGACAAGCACAAGAUGGCAUUGAACAAGAGAACUCCUAACACCGCUGUGGAAGAGAGUGCUCCAUGUGAUGAGGAACAACAGGAAGACGAUGCAGAGCCAACACCUACGCCUGUGGACCCUGCUGCCAAGAAAAAGGAAGAGAUCGAGUACUACGUCCACUUUUUGCAGGGCAAUUUGGAUGACUCAGCGGGCAAGCAAGCAUUAAUGGAUGGGCUGCAGCACCACAAGAUCCUUCAGGGAGAUGCUUCAAAGGCUUGGUUCUUUGAUUCAGCGCUCAUAGUGGAGCCAGCAGGGCAUUUCAACAGGUUUCACAAAGGUGCUUACCAGACUUUCGCGAACCUCUUUGAUUCCCUUGCUAGCCCCGCAGAUGUCUUUUGCACCUUUGAUUCUGGUUUGCCAAAGGCUUUGUCUGAGAUCCGCAAGGGCACCAGCGUCGCAUUGCAGAGUAUGUCUGAUGAGUCUGCGCAAAAGAGACGCAAAACCAUGGCAGCUGGAGAUCUCCAGGCCGUUUCAGGCAAAGAAACCUUUCUGUUUGGGCGGAAGGCAGAGAAGGGCCCGCUCGAGUGCAGGGAACACAAAUAUCUUCGUGUAGCUGGUUGCUUUGAAACAACCGCAGUGUCAGCCAUCGUGAUUCCAUUGCCCUUGCCUGGCAGUCUGCCAAAAAUUCGGAAGUCGCAAAAGAUGCAGCUCAUGCCUAGUGUCGCCAAGAGACAGCUGCUUACAGAGAAAGAUGAACAUUUCGAAAGCGAUAUGGCAGAGACUGAUUUGGUGGCCAUGAGCCUAUUCGAGAGGUGUGAAGUCACCUACAAGAUGAUGCUCCACACAAUUUGGGACCCUGCCCGGGUGAUUUUGAUGACUCCUGGUGCUGGGCGCCUGCCUUUGCUUUGCGUCCGGCUUCGUGUUGCCAAAGCUGUCGUUCACGAACAGCGCAAGCAGCUCAUUUUGGUGCUCAGCUUCUUGCUCCGAGAUCAGAGUGAUGAUCUGCCAGUCUUGCUUCUCACGUACUUGUGCUGGCGCGGCCUUGGCAUGUCCAAAACACUUCGUGGGCCGCUGCGCAAAGUUGCUGCGCUGAGGAACCCCUUCUUGGAGAUGAACGGUGCGGCUUUUAACUUCUUGGAUGCCAUGAAGGGAUCCUUCGUCCACUCAGUGGCCAAAACGCCGCGGCUGAUGACGAGCCGGGCAAUGCUCAAGCUGCCUCCUGUUGAGCAAUUCGGCAUUGUCUACAUGGGCGUGUAUAUGAGAGAUCCCUCGUGGUGUGAGGCCGCCCUGGAGUUUGCGAAGACGGAUGGCAAUCGCUUUGGUCUAUUGAUGGCCGCGCAGCGAUAUCACCAACAGACACGGCGAGCGGGCCAAAAGGCAUACCUGCCAACCCGCUUUGUCAGAUGUCGUGACAAGUUCGGCAAAGCGGGCGCUCGCUUGAAACUUGUGCGCAGAAACAUGGACCUCCAAUCAGUGACAUUGGCGAAAGUCCUCUCCCAGUGCGCCCAGUUCCUGGAUGGGAGUUUGGACGACAUGUUGCGCACGGAGGGCACCUCUUGGAAGGUGAGUCUCGAAGAGCUGCCGCGAAUUCGCUCUUCAGCUUGGAGGCUCUUGCUCCCCCACUUCGUGGCCACGCUUCAUGCGUUGGACCUGACAGCCGACCCGAUUGGCAGUGCUGUGUACAAUGGCACGAAUGCCUUGCAGUUCGGGCGGUGGCUAGCUGUGGCCUGUGCUAAAGCCCACAAAGGUGGAGAUGCCAAUGCCAAGGUUGCACCCUGCGAGGCCCAGAGCAAGGAGAGAAAAGUUCAUGGUCAACAGCGCCUGGCGGACGACUGGUCGCGCCGAGUGAAAGAGCUUCUGUGGCUUACUGCUGCUUGCCUGACCUUCCAGCUCAGCCAAGAAUUGGUUUGGCUCUGGUAUGAUUGCUAUGAAGCAAUCACCUUCCUGACUUUGCUCCAAGAACAAAGACCUGGCUCUGUUGCAAGCCUCCUCUUGGCAGAUGCAGCUGCUGCAGGCUUCUUCUGGACCUUGACCUGCACAGAGGCAGCUGGCUUCUGCUUCACUUUCUGCGCAGGCUUCUUUGUGGCUUUGGCAGGUGUUUCUUCUGCCAAAGCUUGGGCAGCUGCAGCAGCAUCUGCCUCCAAUUCCUUCAUGUGGCUUGUGGGCUUGUUCUUUUUCAAUGGCAAGCUUGCUUUGGUAGCAGGCUUUGGUGGGGUAGGUUGCAUGUAUCGCUUCAUUUCUGGAGUUAAAGACACUUCUUCGACCUCAUCUUCAUCAGAGGCACUGGUGGCUGUGAUUGGAGGGUUGGCUCUGUUGCAAGCCUGGCUCCAAGAUCAGCAACUCUUCCAACUGGCUGGCAUUUUCCACAAGCCCUUGGGCUGA